AUGUCGAUUGUGCCUCUCGUGGCCUCUGUCCUUGCUGGCAUCUUCACCACUCUUGUCGCCGCCUUGGGCAUCAACCUCUUCACGCGCCUGCUUCCAACCCGUUACCACGCAGCCGAAGACCCCAAAGAUGAUCACAUCCAGAUCUUGGUGUUGGGCGACAUAGGCCGCAGCCCUCGGAUGCAAUACCACGCCCUGAGUAUCAUGAAGCAUGGAGGCAGGGUCGACCUUGUCGGGUACAAGGAAACGGCCCGCCACCCGGGGCUCGUUGGCAGUGAGCGAGUGGCUCUCUACCCCCUACCUUCCCUUCCAACUGUGUUUGAAUGGAAUACAUUGCCGUUCUUCAUCAAUAAGCCUGCCAAGGUCAUCUGGCAGAGUUGGUCCAUCUUCUAUGUCCUGGCCUACACGGCGCCUCCGGCCCGAUGGAUCAUUAUCCAGAACCCCCCGUCCAUCCCGACCUUGCACUUGGCCCUGCUUGUAUCUCUUUUGAGGGGAAGUCACCUCCUCAUCGACUGGCACAACUAUGGCUGGUCCAUCAUGGCGACCGGCCGCAGCCAGAAGAACCCCCUCGUUUGGCUCUACAAGAAGUACGAGACCUACUUUGGCAGGAUUGUGCCCACCGCCAACCUUACUGUCACCGAUGCCAUGGCGCGCCAGCUCAAGGCGAAGCCCUACAGCAACAAGAAGCCCAUCUUCACCCUGCAUGACCGUCCCGCAGAGGUGUUUCAACCCAUCAGAUCGUCCGAUGCUCGCUUGAAUUUUCUUUCGGGGCUCAAAGAGACUAAGAACUUUGCUCAAGGCAUCGUCGCCGGUACUACACGUCUCAUCGUCAGUAGUACCUCUUGGACACCCGACGAGGACUUUGGUUUGCUCCUAGACGCCCUCGUCGCCUAUGCGCACCCCGAAGAAGCCGUCACCGAAAGCAGCGCAGGCAGGCCUCCGAUUCUAGCCAUCAUCACUGGCAAAGGACCCCAAAAGGCCGAGUACGAAGAGAAGAUUAAGAACCUUCGCCUCGAGGGUAAGCUCCCCGGCAUCACAAUAUUGACCGCCUGGCUGUCUACUCGCGAGUAUGCCACGCUCCUCGCUUGUGCCGACCUUGGUGUCUGUCUACACAUGUCUAGCUCUGGUGUCGACUUGCCGAUGAAGGUAGUCGAUAUGUUCGGCUCGGGUUUGCCUGUAGCAGCAUACUCUGCGUACGAGAGCUUCUCCGAACUGAUCAAGGAGGGCGUAAACGGAUGUGGCUUUGAGACGGCCACAGAGUUGGCUGAGGCCUUAACCAGGUUGCUGAGUGAGGGUGGCAAGGACGAGCUGAAGAACCUCAAGGCGGGAGCUGUGAAGGAAGGAAGUUUGCGUUGGGAUGAAGAGUGGGAUCGCGUUGUCGGGCGGAUCGUGGGAGUGAUUGACAGCUAA